AUGAAAAACAAAAAUGGAAUGACAUUAAUUCUUUAAUAGAUUUCUUAUUUGUUUUCGUUGUUGCUCCCGUUUUUGUAUAAAACCACCAUAAAUCCAAAUUUCAGCAUGAGUAAGGAAAUAAUAACAAAUAUGCCAUCCGGUAUAGCAAGCUCUAUCUACCCCAAGCGUAUACCCAAAAUAAAGGUUGGUUCAAUCAAGGACGACUUAGGAUUCACGCUAAGCGAAAGAUUGGCCCUCAGACAAGUGUGGAAUUUGAUCAGACCCUUUGAGCGGCGCUACGGACAGGAUGUAUUCUAUAGCUUCUUAAAUGAUAUGUAUUGGGGUAUCAAUAAGUUCAGCGAUGGUCGCGACCUUAACCUAAAGGCCAUGCACUCGCAUGCGGUGCAAUUUAUCCACUUUUUUGGUCUUCUCAUCGAAGAGGCGGAUCCUGUGAUGUUCCAGCUGAUGAUAAAUGACAACAACCUCACCCACAGUCGAUGCAAAGUGGGAUCCGUUUAUAUAGGGAAUCUGGCCCAGGCCCUGGUGGACUAUGUUCUGAAAGUGUUCCAUAAGGUCAGUUCCCCAUCUCUGGAACGGGGCUUCAGGAAAAUCAUCGAGAAGUUCCAGAACUACCAUGACCACCAGUCGACUAAGACCGCCUAUCAUCGCGUGAGCAAGUUGGACGUCCUCUAGUGGCAUUAUUCAUGGAUCAAUGAUGAGCGUCACCGAGCUCCCAGUGGAAACCCAGGGCAUAAAUCGGAAUUAUAUCGGGCUGCUGCUGCCGGCGUCGCUGCUGCGGCCGCUGCCUCUGCCACUGCGAUAUCAGGCUUCUAGUAUCAGCCUCUGUCGCAGUCGCCGUCGCAGUCGCCGCUUAUUUCGCUUAGCUGCUAAGCGAUUUCCUUGGAGAAAUUCAGUUCAGCUCGGACGCUCAUCGCGCCCAUCCACACGUUUCGAUAGUUAAAGCUUCCAGAGAAUCGAAACUGAUCACAAAAAGUGCCACCCACGAAAUAAAUACAAUUAGACCGAA